AUGGAUAUGAGUAACAGCAUAAAUCCUUCUCAAAGUGAACCAGCCAGACUAGAAGUGUACUCAGAAACUUCUACCGUCUACAGAGAGCCUCCACCACCGUACAGUAGUGAAAUACUUGUGACCAACCAACCAACUAUUCGUCAAGAAAUUAUAGUGCAGCCUCCAUUGAAGAGUUUACCUACAUUUUACAACUGCCCUAACUGUGAAAAAAGAAUUCUUACUAAUGUUCAGUAUUUGAAUUCUAGAAAAACACACUUGUUUGCUGGUUUUAUUUGUGGAUUCACUGUAUGGUGUAUGCUUUGCUGUGUGGGGAUUAUACCUUAUAUUGUGAAUACAUGUAAAAAAGCUCAUCAUUAUUGUCCAAACUGUAACAGCUUUUUAGGAGCUUAUUCAAGGGUCUGA